AUGUUUGUCCUGCUGACGUGUACGCCAACAGCAAUCGUCAUCAUCAUCUUGACUGACCUCCUUCCGAAGCAGCCCACCGGGAUUCGAAAGCCCGUCGUAUCAUCACCCAGCUGCACAAAUAAGAAGACCCCCGAGCGUACUCACAUUUCUGCUCCCUGCUCUUCCCGCGACAUUCAUCUCGCUGUCGAGGGCAAUAUUGUCAACUAUACCCGAUCGGGACCUGCAAAGUACCCCGAUGUCGCUGCUGGCAACGCCCGAGCGACGGACAUCCCCCUCGAUGCAGAUACGCGGACUCUACACGAUCACGUCCUUAAAUCUGACCUAAGAGGUGCCAACGACAGGAUGAUAAUCUGA